GUGCGUCACAACUACACAACAGCGACCAGGUUUCCCGUCUGAAGAAGCCAUGUUGACUGUGCUCCAAAAGCUACGUUUUAAUUAAUCACACAGUAAAUAUACUGUGGAACAUAAGUGUAUCUAGAAAUACGGGUGAAAAGUAAAUAUACCACGAUGGCAGCGGACGAUUUCCAGUCGAAGUACGCCUCUCUCAUGGAGACUAUGAUCAAGAGUGCGGUGGCAGAGACCACCAAACUUUUCGAAACUAUGGUCGAUGAACUGAAGGCAGAGAUAUCCACAAUCAGGAAAGAGAACGAGCACUUAAAAAUAAGAUGCAACCAGAUUGAGAAUGACAAAAGCCAACCGAAUGAUGGCACUGGGGACACGGAGAGUCUUCCCCGGACACCCAGCUCAUCUGAGAAACGUGACUCGGCGGUUCAAUGUGAGCUUGUUCCUCUACAAGAUAGUAUAGUAGAUAACUGUGAGCUGUUGGGUUCCUCAUCAUCUGACCUGGAGAAGAUGCACUCCAUUCUGCAAAAGAAGCACCAUGGUGAAACCAGCGAGGAGGAAAACUGUCAGGUAGCACUUAGAGUUGUCAAAGAGGAAUUUUGUGGUGAUUCUUGUUCUUUGAUGGAGGAGGAGGAGGAGGAUACUGAUCUCACUGUGGUCUGCAGGCAAGUCCAAGGUAAUAAUGCAGGUUCACUACUACCAUCUGCUUGUGAAACUGAAGGACCUCUCAUAAAGGAAGUCAUGUCACUGCGUGACCCUUUGGCGCUCAAGCUUUGCCAUUUGGAAAACGAUGAAACAUUACAAACGAAUACAGAGUCCUGUCAACCAGAGCAUUUGUCAGUCAUCCAACGACUUAUAACACAAGAUGCAAAGUCAGAAACCCUUCAUAAUUUAUCAGAAAGGGAAAUAGAGGGAGGUCUCACUAUAUCUACAGAAAAACAUUUGGAGGAUUAUCAGGAGAAGUUAGUAGUUGAACCCCCUCAAAAAGAGCCACUGGUAUCAGUCUACCAGGAAAGUCAAAGAGAAGCUGAUGUGUCGGUUAAUAAUUGUGCCAGUAUUACUUUGCAACAAUGUGCAGAUGUACACCAAGAUGUGGACCAGUUGGAAGUGCCCACAACUUUCAAAAAUGUAAAUUGUGAGGAAUUAGAAAGUGGCUUAACAGAAGGUGCAUCUAGUUCCCAACCUGAAAAGUCCUCAAUUCAGAAAAGAGGCAGGCUUCCCAGAAGAGCAAAACAAAGAAAAUCCCAGCAGCAGCCGCUUAAAGAUAUUCAGUCUCCAUCUAUCGGUGAUCACAUGGACCAGAAUGAAGUGAAUACUCCUGCUUCUGCAACAGAGAAUUCUUGCCCAGUUGACACAGCAAAUACUGGACCAAAUCCAGCACCUUAUGUGCAGCCCAAGGAUACUAUAUCCAUCAUCAAUCAAUCUCUCCACAAAAGGAAAAAGACUGAAUUGAAAGAUCUCGAAAGCAGUAAUGUUGGUACUCUGCCAGUUUGUUCUAGAAAAGAACACCUCCCUGAAUCUAAACGACAUUUGGUAGAAAUGGAAGGUGAUGUCGUCCCAGCCAAUGAAAGUUUACCUGCAAAUAAAAUACAACACAUUCAAACACCCAAGUUAUCUCAAGCGCCAUCGCUUCGGCCAAGAGGACGCCGGACCUCUGUGACUCUUGAGGAUGCAAUGCUGUUAGUUGAAGCUAUGUAUCAGUCACGUCGGGAAAAUGCAGGUUCUUGCUCAUCAACAAUGACACAGUCUCAAGCGCAGGGUGUUCCUUGUGUGCCUGCCUUGCAAACAGUUGAUGAGGUCCCUGCCCUCAGGGAGACACCACUCCCUCCGCAAGUGGAAGUGGAAUGUAGUCUGCCUAUAAUAGAACAGUCACAACCAUCAGAAGAAACCGUCAGUGCCGCUUGUUUAACUUCACAUGCUACACAAACCAGUGAAAGCAAGGCUCCCAUCAAGGUUGAGAGUCACCAGCGUGACGUCUCUGCUUCCAGGGAUAAUUUACCUACAGAACCGCUAUCAACUUUGGUAUCUCAAGCAAGAGCGCAGACAAGUCGGCAAAUCUUUGCCCCUCCUGUAUCAACGUCAGCAAUAAGUACAACAGAAAACAAUCCAGCUCCUCACAAUAUAUUUGUAUCCUCAUUAAAGGCACAUGCCCUGUCUUCAGCACAGCUUUCUGCUGUUGUGUCAGCAGUUGUAUCUGCACAGAAGACUCAUUCACCUCCAUCAUCUACAGUUGCUGCUGUACCCCAUGGACCACCUCUCCUCUCUUCUGUUCCUCAGAAAACAAUCAUUAUCACAGCUACAAAACCACCGCCUGUUGUUUUGGCACAGACAGCUGUCACCUCAACAGUCAAUCAGUCAAUGAUUCGACCACCACAGAAAAUAAUUAUAAUACCAAGACAAAUAUCACCUGUGGUAUCACAGAAACAGCAGACACUUGUUUUGACUGCAAAGCCACCUGAACCAGUUCCUACUGUUUUGUUGUCAUCACCACUUUUAGUUUCAUCAUCACAACAGUCAAGUAUUUCUACAAAUACACUUAACACCUCAGAACUACAUGUUACAGUUCCACCACCACAGAUACAUUCUUUGUCUCAUCAGUUAAACACUGUAGAUGCAGGCACAGUUUCGAAUAAAGUUUGCACAAUGUCUCAAAAUAGACAUAAUGUUUCUGACAACUUGGAUUCACAAAAACCAACUGAAUCAGUUUCUGAAACAGCAGAGGCAUCCACAGAACCCUCUGCCUCUCUAGAAACAUUUGCUCCACCAAAGUCUGAAGAAGCAUUAUCAGUGGCAGACAUUCCACUCCCUAGCAAACAGAAAAAACCUGCAGUGGUCAGAUUAACUAGACUGCCAUUUACAAUAUCAACUGAAGAAACAGUCCUAGUUUCAAGACUCUUAUCAAAUGAAUUGUCUAAAACAUUUAUCCCUACACAAGAACCAAGCAGUUCAGAAGAGACACUUUUACCACAGGACAAAUCAAGAAAUAGUAGAGAACAAACCAGCUCUCCUUCAGACAUGCCAGAGUCCUCAGAAAUCUGUCCAUACUUGGAUGUGUCACAGAUUUCAGAAGAUGCAAGUGAUUCUCUAAAGCCCACGAAUUCAGCCUCUACACAGCCCCCAGUGUCAGAACCAGCAGCGAUCGGUGUAAGUGAGCUAUCAACUACAUCAUCCUGUCAGUUUUCACUGGAAGACAGUAUAAAUAGUGAUGGUGCACAAGAUUGUGUGCUACAAAAUGACUCUAUUGUACAACAGAACCAGUCAGCAGGCCUCAUAAAGCUAUCCCCCAUCACGCCCAAGGAUGCAUCAGAUCCUCAUUUACAGAUGACAAAAUCCCAGUUCCUGGCACAGUUGGAGAUUUCACCUAUAGGUCAAGCUCCAAAAGAGGUCUCCUCUAACUCCUCUGAAGAUAUUAGUGCUGGCAAUGGGAGGAAUUUGCAGAAAAAUUGUCUUGUGGCUCGACUCAGAAGUCACCUCAAAGCCCACUUACAAGCUAGGAGAUCUGAAGCAGAAACACCAGUAGAAAUAGAGACUACAAGUAUAGCCCCCCAAAAAACAAAACUAGACAAUAAUGACCCAAAUGAUAAAGAUCAGGGUAGUGUACAUGUUAAUCCUGAAGAAAUUGAUGACUCCAAAUCUAUUCCUCUAGGGAGAUCUGGACCUUGUGAAAAUGAACCAAUAACUGGAGGCUCUGAAUUAUCUGCAAAUAAAGUUAGUCUUGAAAAGGAUAUCAGAAAACUUGCUCUUGGUCUUAGACUAUGUAGUUCAACCCGAGAAACUGCUAACCGUAAAAAGAAUGAUAGUACUUCUAGAGGUCCAAAUUCUUCAUCUAGAAUUAAAACCACUGAAUCUGCUAGUGUUAGUCCAAGCAAGUCAGGUUUCAGUAAAAGUGGAACCACUUGUCUGUUUUCAAGCAUUAGUUCCACUCCUCUCACUCGUAGGAGGUCUACAGUCUCUAAAGAUGUUCCUGAUGCAAAACAGGUUAAGAGGAAAUUAAAUGCUGUCAGUCCUGGGAGAUAUAGUACAUCUAUUUCUAAAAAAACAAAUAUUAAAACUGGUUCUCCAAGUGCUAGGUGGCCAAGACUCAAUCAAGAUGUCACCAAUCCUAAAAAAUCUGGGGAAUCUGCUCUUUCCAAAAAACCCAGACUAAUUAAAGAUGAUACAGUCUGUAAAAAUACGCUGAAAAUAGUAAACACUAGGAAGUUGGCUAAGUCUCAACAGUCUAAGUCUAAACAGUCAUUGCAGAUUGGCGGUAAAAGACGCCAGUUAACAGAAAACCAGGCAGGCUGUAAGGGUGUGAAAAAAGUAAUAGUUAAAGGUAUAUGGACCCCUCCAUUACUGCCAGCCAGUGAAGCAUCACCCACAGGAGAAGCCAAGUCAAAAAAAGAGACAAAGUGCCAGAAUCAACAAAUAAUAUAUCCCCCAAGUCCUACUCUCUACCCUAUACCUGUCAGAGCACCUCCCAUCAUAUCACCAUUGCAGCCGUUAUCAGUCAUCGGUGGCCGUCUGCUCAGGAACCAAUGUGGGGCAUGUGGCAGAGUCUUCAGUACCAGUGCAGCCCUAGAGAACCACGUUGGUCUUCACACCCGUAGUCGGCCUUUUUCUUGCAAGCUCUGUGGAAAGUCCUUUCUGGACUCUAAGGGUCUUAAACGGCAUGACAGGGUGCACCGCAAUGGAAGGAUUCAUGUCUGCCCAAAGUGUGGGAAAGGGUUUGUUUAUACUUUCUGCCUCACUAAACACCUCCAAAUGGUUCAUGGCAAGGUUAGACCUUUUAACUGCAAGGUUUGUAAAAAGGGAUUCUUCACAGAACGAGACCUGGAAGGCCACAUACGGAUUCAUACUGGAGAGAAACCAUUCCAUUGCAACCUCUGUGAAAGAAAAUUCCCACGAAGAGCAGACCUCAAUGUGCAUUUGAGAUGGCACAAUGGCGAGAAGAGACACUGGUGUCCAUUCUGUGGGAAAGGAUUUUUAGACUUUAACAACCUGAAGAGACAUAAGUAUAUUCACACAGGGGAGAAACCACAUUCUUGUCCACAGUGUGCUAAGCGCUUCACACAGUCAAGUCACCUGAAAAAACAUUUAAGGAAUGUACAUAAAAUUCAAUGAAAAAUGGAUGUCUAAAGAUGUCCUAUUUGCAGAGAACAAGCAAUUUCAUAGUAAGAUGUUUAAAUUCUUAGAAUAUGAGAAUUCAUAUGUUUGAUUUGGGACUGUUUUGUCUUUUCAUACACAACAUAAAUUGUGAACUGAAAUUACUUUGCUUUAUCCACAAAAGAUUUCUUUAACCUCACCUUUACCGAACUUAUCAGGACUCCAAAUGGACUAUGGAUUUUUUAAAAUCUUUUUUUUCUUUGGAAAAGUAAUGAGUUGUUUUUGUGAAAUUAGUGCAAAAGGAUGCCAUGUGCAGCUCCUUGUGAAAACCUGAAAAUGUGAUUAAACAUUGUUCUGCUAGUGGAAACGGUUGGUUAAAAACUGUACAUUUUCUAUAUGUUCAUAGUGUAUUUUGUACAUUUGGGAGACAAAUGUCUUUUUUGAGUCUGGAAAAAACUAUUUGAUUCUUCAGGGCUUUAAAAGAUUAUGUUGAUAUGGAGAUGGCUAUAGUUUAUGUAGAAAAUACAGGAAAAAAUUGGAAGGUUACCUUGCGAACAUAAAAUAAGUCUAGAAAGUCCCUGCACUCAGAUGCUGUUUAACUCAGAUACUGUUAAAAGUGACAGUUUUUCAUGCAGUUUAGGUUAAUAAGACUAGAUUGAUGUUUUAGAGAAGGCCCUUUUUCUUUUUUUGAUUGUUUUAUGUCAAGUACUGACUGAUUUCUUUAACGGCAAUAUUUAAUUUAUUAUAUUGUUUGUCUCAUAUUAGACAGACUUCAAUGCUGAUUUUUUUUUUUAUUUUAUUGGCACCUGAGUUGGUAUUUGCUUAGAAGGCCACAAAAUGUCUAGAUUUUACUUUUUAAUACAGUCGAAGUACUGUACUGUUGGUUCAUUCUCCAACACCCUGAUACACUGGGGCUGAAUUAAACCAUCUGAAUAUUUCAGACUUUUUUUUUUUUUCUCUGCCACUCUGGAGCUUGAGUUGAUAUAUUCUUCAGCUUAAGCAGACUUUCCAGUUUCUAAUGUCACACAGUUUUUUUUUAAAGAAAUUCAUUGUAUGUUUCCAGAUUUAUUCCCUUUUUUCUGUUGAGUCUCCAAACACUGAAGAGGACGAGUGCCUGUCAGUUAUUACACACGUUGUUUAGCAUUACUGUCUAUUGCUUGUAAAUAUGUGGAGAAUUUCCAUUUCACACCUGAUUUAACCUAAAAUAAAAAUUUCAUUCUGUUAA